CGCGGUGGCUUGUGGCUCCUUCCUGGGCUGCUUCGUUCUUUCGCUCCGGCCUGUGGCGCCGUUAGGAUGGGCAAGUGUCGCGGUCUUCGUACUGCCAGGAAGCUCCGCAGUCACCGACGGGACCAGAAAUGGCAUGAUAAACAGUAUAAGAAAGCCCAUUUGGGUACAGCCCUCAAGGCCAACCCUUUUGGAGGUGCUUCCCAUGCCAAGGGGAUUGUGCUGGAGAAAGUAGGGGUUGAAGCCAAACAACCGAAUUCUGCCAUCAGAAAGUGUGUCAGGGUCCAACUAAUCAAGAAUGGCAAGAAGAUCACAGCCUUUGUACCCAACGAUGGUUGCUUGAACUUUAUUGAGGAAAACGAUGAAGUUCUGGUUGCUGGAUUUGGUCGAAAAGGUCAUGCUGUUGGUGACAUUCCUGGAGUCCGGUUUAAGGUUGUCAAAGUAGCCAAUGUCUCUCUCUUGGCUCUAUACAAAGGCAAGAAGGAAAGACCAAGAUCAUAAAUUUUGAUGGUGAAAACACAGUAGUAAUAAAUUUUCAUAUGAUAAAAA